GACACAUGGGCUGUUCACAGCUUCACAGUAAACAAGCAACGCAGACAGAAACAAGAAAGACAGCACACAGAGACAAUACAGGAGAGAUAACAAUGAAGUUUGGAAUGGAUUCUGCGGUGCAUGGUCUAUCUUUGAUCCGAAGCAUGUGGGAGAGCCGUAUGGACAAGUCUCAGCAAACUGAAUCAAGCACAAUGAAGUUGGAGACAAUGAAGCGAGACGUUCCGGUGUAUGACCUGUCCCUGAUUAAAGGCAUGUGGGAGACCCGAGCCAACUACCAGAAAAAGAGGCAGAGGAAGGAGCAGGAGCGUCUGGCCAAGAGUGCACUCCAAAGGGUGAAUCAGGAGUGGCAGUACCGCAUAGCCUGCAGGAAGAUGAAGAGCAGUGAGAUGUCCGAGCUGCAGCACUACCUGGAGAGGUCAUCACUGAGAGAGGUCAGCAUUGAGCCAUACCUGGAGCCAACGGAGGGGCCAACCACAGAGCCAGAUUCCUCUGUGCUGGAGGUUGAAGAGAAGAGGUUCAUUUUUGAGCUGAAUGGAGACAAUUGGAAGGAGGUCCCUGCAUCCCUGUUUGAGAUGACCUAUUUACGAGAAUGGCACAUCUCUGCAACCAAGAUCACAAAGAUUCCCGAAUUCAUUGCAAUGUUUCAGGACAUGCGUAUUUUGGACAUACCGAAAAAUUCCAUUGACAAGUUACCACCUGAAAUAGGUAAACUAACAAAACUGAGAGAACUUAACGUAAGUUAUAAUAGGCUAUCAGAUAUCCCCCCUGAGCUGGGGGAUUGUGAGAACUUGGAAAGACUCGAGUUGACCUCAAAUCUCGAUCUCAUGGAACUGCCAUUUGAGCUAAGCAACCUAAAGAAACUGGUCCACUUGGAUUUAGCAGAAAACAAAUUUAUUAGCAUACCCAUCUGUGUUCUGCGCAUGUCAAGUCUCCAGUGGCUGGACUUCAGUAACAAUAAACUGAAAGAUCUCCCAGAGGACAUUGACAGGCUUGAGGAGCUGACCACAUUGUUCCUUCACAAGAACCAACUGACAUACCUGCCCAUGACCAUGGCAAACAUGACAACCCUCACCAUGAUCGUCGUAACUGGAGAUGAUUUAGUCUGUCUGCCUUCGAAACUUGUUGAUAAUCCAGCCAUGAAGUUUAUUAGAUUAUAUGAAAAUCCAGUUAGUCAAGAGACAACAGAACUGGAGAAUGAAGGGCAUGUCGAGCAAACAGUUCCAGAUGAAAGUGAAAAGGAGUUCCUGCAGACCUACAUUAACAGCCUCAAAGAAAGAGAAACAGCUCCAACAUACACAACAAAAGUUUCCCUGAGCUGUGUUCUGUGAUGGAGACUGGCACGAAAGCAGCGUUUCAGGUCAAUGAGGAAGACCUUCCAGCAAUUACAUAUCAAUGGUUAUGUUUGUGUGAACUUCUACCUAUGGGUCAACGACACCAGUAGAUACAUAUUAUGCACUGCUUCCUGGACGUUCCAUGGUCUGUGUCUCUUCACUGUCAUGAUACAUUAGGUGAAUUUGUGACAUGAAGAAAGUGCUUCUGAAUGUGGUCAGAGUAGAUGUUCUUUUGACAGUGGGUAUAUGCAGUGAUUUUGUUGCACAUAUUUAACAUUCAAUAACAACUAAUUCCUUUUUGAUACAGCAAGUCUGAUAAUUGCAUUAAUUCUUGUAUGGUUUGACGUAAAUAAGCAUUACAUGGACUACAUGGUUCAAUAAGCGAUUUUUGUGUGCUUCAUCUGUGAAUGUAGAACUGUGUUUUGAUGUGACCAAACACAUGUAGGGCAAUAGUUAUUCUGUUAUUAGUUUGAGUGACUGGAAAUAGGGUUGAGUAUGAAUGAGAAGUUGUUGGUAUGUGAAACUUGGAGAAUGUGUAUAUGUUGAAUUUAAUGUAAAAUUAAAAGAUAAUUUAUUCAGUGAUCCCAGA